GGCUCCAUGUGUGUUGAGGCGCAUUAUUUGGCAACAGAGGCGGCAGCGGGGAGGGCCGAAAAAAAGAGGAUAUCCCCUGGAUUUUUAAAAAGCAACGAUUUAUCGAGGUUAAUUGCAGAUAAAAGAUCCCCUGGUCGACCAUCGGGGGAGAACGGGUCCCAAAUCGACCGACAGGAUGUCUGAAGAGGCGGUUCGCCAGACACGCAGCCAGAAGAGAGCGCUGGAGAAAGACGCCCCGGCGGCCUCCUCCGAGCAGUCCGACACCGAGAGCGACAGCAAGAAGCCCAAGAUGGACGACCUCGAGCCAGAAAACCAGUCUGCCCAACCAAACCAUGACGUCAGUCCUGCACUUACUGAUGAACAGAGUCCAUCCCGGGUUGAACCCGAGGCGGCGGAGAGUCGCGAGGAACCUGCGCUGAACCGGCUUCUGCUGCCUUUGGUGCCGACCGAAACCCCUCCGCCGACGAAGGAGGACCCAGAGCAGACCCCGUCUCCGAUCCAGACCCCUACCCAGAUUCUGAUCAAGACCCCGAUCCAGGCUCCGAUCAAGACCCCCAUCCAGACCCUGACCCCGAUCCCGAUCCAGACCCCGACCCCGAUCCUGGCUGCGACCCCGAUCCCAAUCCAGCCCCUGAUCCAGACCCCGACCCCGGCCCGGACCCCGACCCCGACGCAGAUACCGACCUCGCAGUCGGUUGAACCCAUCCCAGACAACCGGACUGACCAAAAGGACCGGGCCGGCAGGGUGAAGGCAGAACCCGCCGUGGUUGUUGAUCCCCGGAGCCGGCUCCGCCCGGCAGAAGCGAAGGGGUCUGGCGGUAUUCUGGCUGCCGGGGAGGUGAAAGCCACCAUUAAAGUGGAGGUUCAGACAGCGGAGCCUGUGGAUAUGAGCACCUCAAAAGGCAACAGCGUAAAGAAGGAGAAGCGUCCGCCAGCCAAUGACGACGAUGACGACGACGUCAUCAUCCUAUCAGACAAUGAAUCUUCCAGUCCACCAAUGAACGGCCUAAGCCACUUCAAGGAGCUGGACACCGAUCUGCUCAUGAAGAGCAGCCCAGAAGAGAGGGAGCGCAUCAUUAAGCAGCUGAAAGAGGAGCUCAGGCUGGAGGAGGCCAAACUGGUGCUGCUUAAGAAACUCAGACAGAGUCAGAUCCAGAAGGACACACUUCAGAAGCCCUCGGGCCUGUCUGGCUCCGCCGCGCCCCCCCCCCUGAUCCGGGGAACCAUUACAGGGAAUAAGCUCUCCCAACAGAUUGCGACAGGUCGUAGUUCGGGGACGGUUAUCCCUCCCCCUCUAGUGCGAGGCGGGCAGCAGUUGUCGUCCAAGCAUGGCUCCCAGAUCAUCAUGCCACCUCUCGUAAGAGGGGCCCAGCCCAUCUCUGUUUCUCCACAGCAGAUCCAGGCUCUCCGUCAGCAGCAGCAGCAGCAGCAGCAGCAACAGCAGCAGCAGCAGCAACAGCAGCAGCAGUUGGCUGCUUCUGGUGGCCCUGGGUCAGGUCCCCCUCCCUUGCUGUUGGGGACCAGAAUCUCGGCUCCCGGCUCCCAGGGCCAAAGGGGUAUGGGCCAGUCAGGCCUCGUUAGGGUUGGCAAUGUUGGCAAUACUAACUUGCUGGUCAAUAUGUCACAGGCAUCGUCAACCAACUUAAAGGCCUCCUCUAUGACAUCCCAGUCAGGAAGCAGUAACAUGUCUGUGGUCAAUAUAAAUGAUACCCCAGCAAGCCGCCAGGCUGCUGCUAAACUGGCCCUGCGCAAACAAUUGGAAAAGACCCUCUUGGAGAUUCCUCCACCAAAACCCCCUGCGCCAGAAUUCAACUUCUUGCCCUCGGCUGCAAAUAAUGAAUUCAUCUACCUGGUGGGAUUGGAAGAAGUUGUACAAAAUCUGCUUGAUACUAUCCACAGAGGAAAGACGGGUGUUGCAACAUCUAAGCUUAAUCCCAGAGAACCCUUCACCUGCACCCAGUGCAGCACCGACUUCACCUGCCGCUGGAGGCAGGACAAGGCAAAGGGUGGGACCAUCCUCUGUGAGGACUGUAUGUCAUCCAAUCAGAAGAAGGCUUUGAAAGCGGAGCACACCAAUAGGCUCAAAGCUGCGUUCGUGAAGGCCCUGCAGCAGGAGCAGGAAAUAGAGCAGCGCAUCCUUCAGCAGUCCGCCUCACCGGUCUCCCACAGCACCUCCUCCACUUCCUCCUCCUCUUCCUCAUCCCCAUCGAUGAAGGCAGACCAGCUGGGCGCACAGCAGCUGAAGCAAGUCCAGGCGAGGGUGUCCUCCAUGCAGCAUCAGCACCAUCACCAGCAUAGUAGAGGACAGAACAUCGUUCACCACCACUCUUCCAGCAUCAAGCAGAGCCCUCAGGGCCAGCUGUCCCGAGGCACUGUUUCGUCCAUGGGGGUGAGGGGAGUCCCCCACUCGUUCUCCUCCUCCUCCCAGCUGCAGAGCGCAGUAGCAGCCGCGGCCUUGGUCAACCGGCCUGGUAAGCAUGCCCAUGUGUCCCGCCCCUCUGCCCAGAGCUUAAAGGUGAGCAGCAGGGGGAUCAGCGGCAGAAGCAGUGUCAGCGGACACGGAGGUAGUGCAUCAGCCAGUGCAUGGAAGAAGCAGAGCGACAGCCACACAGGAGUAACCAUGGCUUAUGUCAACCCAAGUCUUUCCGGCCAUAAGACCUCAUCCACCGUCGACGCUCGUCAGAGGGAGUACCUUCUGGACAUGAUUCCAUCGCGCUCGAUCUCCCAGACAGCAAACACGUGGAAAUAAAGUGCAAAAAAACUAUCUCAUACUAUUCAUUGUUAUUGAAGUUACUACUUUUUCCUCAGUUCCCAUAAUAUGGUCCACAGCACUCCCCAGAGGACGGUUAAGGAAGUACUCACUUUUAAAACAAAUGUUUUUGCUUACCUGUUAUGGUUUAUGUUAUAGUUUCCUCUAUUUCAACACUGCUUUUAUUUUUAAGAUCACUGUUUGUGGAUCAUUGUGCAAGAUUGUUUUUACUCAUUUACGGUUAAGAACAUACAAAGUAUCUCACCUGUUUUGUGAAGGUGACCCAGUU